AUGAGCAAUGAUGGUCUGGUAGCCAGGGGCAGUUCCUCCAAAGAAGAGUCUCUUUCGGGUGGUGGUGGUGGUGGUGGUGGUGGAGCUGGUUCCUGGAAACAAAAGGAAGUUGAAGCUGGAGAAAGGGUGCUUAGAAAAUGUGAGGGGACCCAAGAGGAUCUGGGCAAGCACCCACAAAGUCUGCUACUGUUAGGGCCAGUCCCUGGAGGGCGGAGAGGCCUGGCAUUCUGUGCCCGCAAGCAGGGCAGUCUGGACACUUGUGGGACUCGAUGGUGUCUGUCCCCAAGUUAUCGAGAAGAGCCCUCACCAACCCCUAGGAUUACUCCAGGAAUAAAUCAAACCAGCCCUUGGGCAGAGAGUGAGCGGUGCUCUGGGUUCCUCCUCUCCUGGCCCGGGCGUGCAGAGUCAAGGCUGUCCGCGGAUGCAUCGUUGUCUCCCGGGAGUAGGGAUGGGGACAGCUGCUUUCCCCCUGGAGAUGACAGAGGCGCUUUCUCGGUUCUCUCUGGGGGCUUUGGGCUUCUCCACAAGUUUCCCCCCGAAGUCCAGGAGGAGUGCUGUGUGCAGCUCCUGGGCACGGGUUUGCUCGUUUACCCCGAAGAAAGGGUGUACCUGGCGGCUGAAGCGCAGCCCGGGGGCGCGCUGGGCAGCGGGGAGAAAGGGGACGACCCGGAGCUGCCGGUGGGAGUUAAAUCAGAAAUGCAUUUAAGCAACGGUAACUUUUCCUCUGAAGAAGAGGAUGCGGACAAUCACGACAGCAAAAUCAAAGCAACCGAUCCACACCUCUCUCAGAAGAAAACCAUCACACAGAUUAUGAAGGAUAAAAAGAAACAGACUCAGCUCACUCUGCAGUGGCUUGAAGAGAACUACAUUGUAUGUGAAGGAGUUUGCUUACCCCGGUGCAUCCUUUAUGCACACUAUUUAGAUUUCUGCAGGAAAGAGAAAUUGGAACCAGCCUGUGCAGCCACCUUUGGAAAGACAAUUCGUCAAAAAUUCCCCCUCUUGACGACCCGGCGUCUUGGAACAAGAGGCCAUUCAAAGUAUCACUAUUAUGGAAUUGGCAUCAAAGAGAGCAGUGCAUAUUACCACUCUGUGUAUUCUGGAAAAGGCCUGACAAGGUUUUCUGGAAGCAAGCUGAAGAAUGAGGGUGGCUUCACACGUAAAUACUCGCUUAGCUCAAAAACUGGAACACUUCUUCCAGAAUUCCCCAGUGCUCAACACCUUGUGUACCAAGGAUGCAUUUCUAAAGACAAGGUUGAUACCCUCAUAAUGAUGUACAAAACUCACUGCCAGUGCAUCCUGGACAAUGCAAUAAAUGGAAACUUUGAAGAGAUCCAGCAUUUCUUAUUACACUUUUGGCAAGGAAUGCCUGAUCAUCUUCUACCCCUGCUUGAAAACCCUGUUAUCAUUGACAUCUUCUGUGUUUGUGACUCGAUUCUUUAUAAGGUUCUUACAGAUGUACUCAUUCCUGCAACAAUGCAAGAAAUGCCUGAAAGCUUAUUAGCAGACAUAAGAAAUUUUGCUAAAAAUUGGGAACAGUGGGUAGUUUCAUCCUUGGAAAAUUUGCCAGAAGCUCUGACUGACAAGAAAAUACCUAUUGUGCGAAGAUUUGUAUCUUCUCUGAAACGACAAACAUCGUUCUUGCACCUUGCUCAGAUUGCUCGACCAGCUCUUUUUGACCAGCAUAUCGUGAAUUCCAUGGUAUCUGACAUUGAAAAGGUUGACUUGAAUAGUAUUGGAUCUCAGGCCCUUCUCACCAUUUCAGGCAGCACAGACACUGAAUCUGAUAUCUACACUGAAUAUGACUCUAUCACAGUGUUCCAAGAACUGAAAGAUCUCCUUAAGAAGAAUGCCACUGUGGAGGCUUUUAUUGAAUGGCUGGAUACUGUGGUAGAGCAGAGAGUUAUUAAGACCAGCAAACAAAAUGGAAGAUCAUUAAAGAAGAGGGCUCAAGACUUUCUGCUGAAGUGGAGCUUUUUUGGUGCUCGAGUAAUGCACAAUCUCACCCUAAACAACGCAUCCAGUUUUGGUUCUUUCCAUUUGAUCCGAAUGCUUCUUGAUGAAUACAUUCUGCUAGCCAUGGAGACCCAGUUUAAUAAUGACAAAGAACAGGAGUUACAGAACUUGUUGGACAAGUAUAUGAAGAAUUCAGAUGCAAGUAAAGCUGCCUUCACUGCCUCUCCGAGUUCAUGCUUUCUGGCCAACCGUAAUAAAGGGAGCGCUGUUCCCAGCGACACUGUGAAGAAUGAAAGCCACGUGGAAACAACCUACCUCCCUCUGCCAUCCAGUCAACCUGGAGGCUUAACCUCUGCUCUGCACCCAUUCCCUGCUGGGAGUACAGACAACGUGCCGCUCACAGGUCAAAUGGAGCUUUCGCAGAGUUCUGGUCAUCUGAUGACACCACCCAUUUCUCCAGCCAUGGCCAGCCGAGGAAGUGUCAUUAACCAGGGGCCAAUGGCAGGGAGACCCCCAAGUGUGGGUCCAGUGCUGUCAGCCCCGUCACACUGCUCAGCAUUCCCAGAGCCCAUUUAUCCGACUCUCCCUCAGGCCAGCCAUGACUUUUAUGGGACCAACUCCAACUAUCAGACUGUGUUUAGGGCCCAGGCUCAUCCCCCAUCAGGACUCUAUCCUCAUCGCCCUGAGCACAGUCGAUGCAUGGCUUGGAGUGAACAGCAGCUUCCUAGAGACUUCUUCAGUGGCAGCUGUGCUGUGUCUCCAUAUAAUUCUCGGCCACCUUCCAGCUAUGGACCAUCCCCACAUGGCCAAGAUUCACACAGCAUGCAGUUUUUAAAUACCGGAAGCUUCAAUUUCCUGAGCAAUGCAGGAGCUGCCACCUGCCAAGGAGCAACAUUGCCUCCUAAUUCACCUAAUGGGUACUACGGAAGCAAUAUAAACUACCCAGAGUCUCAUAGACUUGGAUCAAUGGUGAAUCAGCACGUCUCUGUCAUCAGCAGUGUCCGCUCACUGCCUCCAUACAGUGACAUCCAUGAUCCCCUUAACAUUUUAGAUGACAGUGGUAGGAAGCAGACCAGCUCUUUUUUUGCAGACACAUCACCUUCAGCUGCCUGUCGAACUCCUGUAGUAGCAUCCAGCUUGCAAGCCCCAGUUCCUUCCUCCUCAUCCCAGUGUAUGUAUGGAACUUCCAAUCAGUAUCCAACUCAAGAAACUCUGGACUCCCACGGAGCAAAUGGUAGAGAAAUGGUGUCCUCUCUACCGCCCAUCAACACUGUGUUCAUGGGAACAGCAGCUGGAGGCACUUAAACCAACAAUGUCGGGUUGGGGUUGAAACUUUAAAAAUCUCUACUGCUCAAAUCCUAUCCACUGAGACUCCCAUCAGAGAAAGAAAAUGGAAUAUUCAGUGGCAGGACAUUGUUUUUCAGGUCACUGGUACAAAACUAAGGACAACUCCCUAGUGAAUGGAAGUACUUGCAGAGUUUGCCUUGCACACAAAUUAUUUAGAAUGUGGUCUCAUUAUUAGUCACAGAUUCAUGCAUUACCAAAUGGGACCAGUGGAGCUUUGAAGAUGCAGACAUUUCAACUCUAAGGAUUUAAUAUUUCACUUCUUAAUUUAUUGAAAAUCUGUUUCAUUUUUGGUUUCUAAAAAAGAAAUGUUUAUUUAAUGCCUUUAAAACGCCUUUAAUUUAUUAGGAUCUCAGAAUCAUCGUUUACUAUCCCUUAUUUGACAAAAAGUCAAAUGUGUAUGGUCUACCUCCUAUGGAAAUGUUUACAAGGUCAAGACUUAAUUCAAUUCAGCCUAGACCAAAGUUGCUUGACUUUCAAUUUCUGUGCAUUAGUAUGAUGAUUUCUGUUACAUAGCAGUAUUCCAAUUCUAUGUAACUGAAUGGAGAUUAUUCUUCUUUAUUUAAAAAAGAUAAGAAGAAGUAAAGUAUGGAAAUAUUUUUAAUGGCUUGGCUGCUUUCAGGGCUGGUACUGUUUCUGAAAAAUGCUGGGGAUUUGCAGGCAAAGCUAAUUUAGAUAUCAAGUUAAAGAGUAAAGUUGGUUGGUUAAAAUACCAUAAUUCCAGAACAUUUGCAUAUCAGAUCCAUGCAUAUAAAUAUAAAAAAAUUGUGAUUUGCAGACUGAACCUCUACAGAUGUGGAAGCAGUCUUUAAUAAAGUGCUCUGCUUAGAAACUGAAGUGAAUGAAUGUUCAAAAAUCACCUGAUGUGAAGGAUUCAUUUCAUAUAAAUUAAUAUCUAGCUCUGUUUCUUUUUCUUUUUUGUAUAUCUAAACUGAAAAGUCUGUUUUAAGACUCAUAGCCUAUAACGGGAAACUUCCAUUAACUUUACAGGCUUCUCCUAAAGUCUAAUGACAGGCCUUGUAUCAUUUGUAUUAAGGAUUGGGCUGUUCUCUAAGCCCCAGGUACACUGUAAAAGGAUCUGUAAGCCCCAAACACCCAUGAUACAGCAUGAUGUAAUUUGGUAAAGACCAGCUGUGGAACUGUUCCCAGCAAGCAAUAAACAAUCAUCUGUGGACUUGUUGGAGUGUUGCUACCAUUUGCUCAGUGGUGUGCUCAAUAGUAUUAGUUUGUGAGCUAAUUAAUUAGCAGAAAUAUUUUGCAACAAUAACAAAUCAUAAACAGCAACCUAAAUGUCCUAUUCUUUACUGUGGUAAUAUCGUAAGAGUACAGAGGAAAGUGAAAUUAAUAAGGGCUUGGAUUGAAGGAGAAAACAAACCAGCUU